AUGCUUGGUCUAUAUUAUAAACCUUGUAUUCCUCUCUUAUACUGCACUUCUGUGGACGAGGCAUCCUUGGCCACAAGCGGUGCAGCUGGACCAUCUCGGAAGGACUUUGCUGAGUUCGUGGUGAGAUUUCCUAUUUCGCCGGAGGGUCAGCCGCCAUCCAAGAUGCAGCGUGUCGAAUCAGGUUUUCCAGAUGACCACGUGUUUUAUGACAAGUGGCGGAUGACCCAGUAUGCCCAGAGAGAGGAAUAUCUGCUGUCACAUUUCACAGUCCGCAAGCCUUCGGUCGCAAAGGUGGCACGGCUUAUCGCGCAGGAGGGUUGGAAGGCCAACUGUCCUAAGCCGGAGGACAUCGAACGGCUGUGGACACCACCUUCUAAGGCAGCGGGUGAAGAUGACAAGUUCAUCCUUCGCUGUGUGUCUGAGCAGACCUGGCCGGACCUGGCCAUAAAAGACUUUGGUGGCAAGAAAGGUUUAGGAGUCGUGGCAACCCAGACUUUCUCCAAGAACGACAUUGUCUGCGACUACCACGGCAGGGUCAUCCCAGCUGCACAAGGGAGGGUGAUGGUGCAGGGCCAGCAUAACGAGGCCAGGUACAUGUACUUUUUCAAAGUUGGACAGAGAGAGCUCUGCAUUGACGCCCAGACCUUUCCCUGCGAGUGCCACCCUGCUACAGAGACCGUUGGCAGGAAGAUCGACCACUCCACAAAAGCACCCAACCUGAAGCCCUUUCACUGCAGGUUGCAUGUGGAUGGGGAGGACAAGUACGUCAUCCUCUUCAGGGCACUGCAGGACAUCAGCGUGGGUGUCGAACUACGGUUUGACUACGGAGUGAAGAGGAAGUCCUUCCAUGGAGAGGGCCUGGACCGGCUGGACGAUUGAGUAGGCCUGGUCCAAAGGUCUUCAUCAGACAU